AUGUCUGACAGGCCCAGUGUAAAUACUGCUUCAUAUGCCAUCCACACCUUGGACCGCAGAGUCCUUGCCUAUGGCCCCCCCGACAGAGUCAAAGACACCGUCCCACCCCCUGCCCAACCUGUUGUCGCAUAUCUAGAAGCUAUCCAGCCUCAGCGGUUCGAAAUUAGUCAAGUAGAGCAGGACGAGAACCGCUACUACAUCAACUACCUUAUCGAGUGCAAUAACCUUCUUUACGAACAGGUUACAGCCCCCCAGAAAUGGAUCAUCACUUUCGUUCCCCAGCCUGGCCGCAUUGUGUUCACCAUAGCAAAGGAAGACGGAAAGGAGCAGUGGGUCGCACCCCCGGCUGGUGAGCAGGGUCAGAUCCGUGUUGCUACAAUCAAUACCGAACUCGACCCCAACGCUUUGUUCGAAUUAAGUCCAUUGACCCAACUCUCUUAA